AAGCGGGCGUGUUGUUCUCAUUCGCUAAAUAGAAAACGCUAUUUCAGUUUUGUAAACAGACUCAGCACUUAGCAUGAAGCUUUUGACGUUUCCUGUGUUGCAUGGACACAUGCCUGCCAAGGAUAGAGUGUCUAUACACUCCAAAAAGGGUAGACGCUUCCUGACGCAGGUGCCUCAUGGCAGACGGCUGAUAUCCCAAACCAUGAGGCAGCACUGGCUGCUUCUCGGAGCCUGCGGCUGGGUGCUGCUCAUCCUCAUGUUUGCCAGCAAGUUCAUCAACUUGAACUUCAGGGUUCCUGAAGACUAUAAGGGCAAGCCGGCCCUGAGUUGGACAGCACCUUCCUGGAAAAACAUCAGGCCUCCUGCUGCCCAAGGCACGGUGAAGAGGAAAGCUGUCCCUUCCAAGGAGGGCUCGGUGGGGCCCCCCUCAGGUCAGCAUGCAGACUGGAGCUCAGUGGAACGGAGACGGCAGGAGCUCCUGCAGAGUGUCUGCCAGAAUUCCUCCAUGAGGAACCUGACGCACACCCCGCUCAGCAAGUUUGUCCUGGAUCGCAUCUUUGUCUGUGACAAGCACAAGAUCCUCUUCUGCCAGACGCCUAAGGUGGGCAACACCCAGUGGAAGAAGGUCUUCAUUGUCCUCAAUGGAGCGUUCCCCUCUGUGGCAGAGAUUCCAGAGAGCAUUGUCCAUGACCAUGAGAAAAAUGGCUUGCCUCGCCUCUCCUCUCUGACUGAAAAAGAAAUAACUGAAAGACUAAGCACCUAUUUCAAGUUCUUCAUUGUUCGAGAUCCAUUUGAGCGACUCAUCUCAGCUUUCAAGGACAAGUUCCUGCAGAACCCACGAUUCGAGCCGUGGUACAAACAUAACAUUGCGCCGGCCAUCAUCCGCAAAUACCGCAAGGUUCACGGUGGCAGCACUGGUGCCCCCGGCCUGCGCUUUGAGGACUUCGUCCGUUACCUUGGUGACCCUGGGCGAUGGCGCCUCGACCGCCAAUUUGGCGACCAUGUGAUCCACUGGGUGACUUACGUGGAGCUGUGUGCACCUUGUGACAUCGCCUACAGCGCAAUUGGCCACCAUGAGACCCUGGAGCAUGACGCCCCUUCCAUCCUCCAAGCCGCUGGCAUCGACCAGCGCAUCUCGUACCCUGACAUCCCGCCGGGAAUCACCCGCUACAACCGCACCAAGGUGGAGCAGUACUUCACCGGAAUUAGCAAGCGCGACAUCCGGCGCCUUUAUGCCCGCUUCCAGGGGGACUUUCUGCUUUUUGGCUACGAGCGGCCGGACUUCUUAUUGGACUAAAUGGCCAGUACAGCCUGUGUGUUCUGGUGGGGGGUGGGGGUGGGGGUGGGGGGUGUCCCACAAGGCUCCCCCUGUCAGUCUGUGUCAAUCUGGAAAGCUAUAGCCAGGGAUUGACACAACUGGUACGCAUUCAUGGUAUAAGAUAAAAUGUUUGGCAACUUAUACAUAUUUAAUUUAUAUGCGUUUUCACUGUUGUGACAUUACAAAUUAAGAAAUUCAGGCAUAAGAAAUUACUACACAGUUUAACCUAUAUACUCUGAAUGCGUACCUGCAUACCAGUUAUGUUAAUCCCCAGAUAUAGCUAAUAUUGGGCCACAUUGUGUUUACUGGCUAGCCUCCAUAUCCAGUGCAACUACUGUGCCCUUAGUCCUAUUUAACAUACUACUGUGUAAGAAUAUUGACGAUGAGAAUGAUAAUUAAUAAUUUAAAUUUUCUAUAGAGGCUUGCUGUGAAGUUGACAUCAUUCCUGUAACGAGAGGUGUGCUGCUUGUAGAUUAACUUAAGAACAGGAAGCAUCUCCUCCUGCUCCUGGAAGGCUGGUCUGAGCCUUUGCGGCUGAAUGUUUGGGUUCUCUCUCUCUCUCUCUUUUUUUAUUUUCAUUGUAUGGUUACUAUUUCAGUGAGGCCCCGAAUUGUGCACCCCUGCAUCACAGUAACGGCUACUGGCUGUGGUGGCCCGUUUCGGCCAUGUCAAAUCGUCCACUUAUCGUCUGCUUCUCAGGGGCUGGUCUGGACGCUGGGAUCCAUUGUUCAAUCUUAAUACACAAAUAAAUAACUCUCCUGGUUAGAGUUUUUAAAAUGA